AAAUUCUUCUCGAGUCCUUUCCCAAUACUCGUCUCAUCUCCACCAUCCCAUUCAAAGUUUUCGGGUGCUCAGCUUUUGUCCAUGUCCAUCAACAACACAGGGACAAACUUGAUCCUAGAGCUCUUAAAUGUAUUUUCCUUGGGUACUCUCCAACUCAAAAAGGAUAUAAGUGCUACUCACCAGUCACUAAACAGUUCUAUCACUCCAUGGAUGUCACAUUCUUUGAGCAACAACCUUAUUUCCCCAAAUCUGAUAUUCAGGGGGAGACUAAUUUUAUCCAAGAAUACCAGCUUUGGGAUAUUGAAGAAUCACCUCAUUUCUCUCCUAAUUCUGACCAACCCUGCCCAUCACUAAAUCAUGAAUCCAUUCCUCCUCAAAAUCUCUUCCUUGAAUCUCCUUACUUCCUAGAAUCUCCUCCUCAAGAUCAAACCAAUAAUCCACCUCAAAAUCUGGACACUAUUCAAUCAACAAAGAAUGAUGAGUUGAUUACCUACUCAAGGAGGAGAAAGAACCAAAAGGAGAUGGAACAAGAAGCAUCUCUUGAGCAAACCCAAGAGUCCGACCCAAGUCCUAGAUCAAGUGAAGAUCCAUCAGGUUCCUAAUAAUAUACAAGAAGCUCUCAGCUCACCUGAGUGGAAAUCAGCAGUGUAUGAAGAAAUUCAUGCACUUGAAAAAAAUGGAACUUGGGAAAUCUUAGAAUUACCAGCUGGAAA